AUAAAACCUAUUUGUUCGUUUGUAUGUACGAGUAUCAUUCAACUUGUGACCGAGUGUGUGCUAGAUAGACUCGUGUGAAUUUCUUUAAACUAGGUUUUUUUUGUUAGUAUUUGGGAUUCAUCUGUUCGUCUCUUGGGAUUCAUUUCACAUUUUCAGUGAUAUUAGCUUUUUCCUUUACUUGUUAUGUGUGUAAUUUAACCAAAUUUACGCAUUAUUAUAACUAGAUAUUGUUUUCUUCAAUCCAAGUAGUACUUUUCCGUUUUAUUUUUAUUGAUUCUUAUUUGAUCCAUCGAAAUAUGACAUACGACGAUUAUUUAUCGACGAUUUGAUCCAAUAACAUCGAGUCUUCAUUUAAAUUAUUUUGUGGUCGCCCAAAUGAUUUGUUGUUUUUGGCCAGUUUCAUAAAAAUCUGAAUACCCUCGAAUUGUCCUUUAUAAAAACUUGAAAUGUUAUAAAGUGUGAUAAAAAAUUAUAAUUGUCCAGUCUGGUCUUUAAGGAGACGAGAUGUCGGAAAUUAUCUUCAAAAUCAACGGGAAGCCGUAUGCAGUGGGCGGUAAAUACGGUCCCGACGUCUCUCUAAAUGAGUACAUAAGGAGCGUGGCAGACCUGCGCGGCACGAAGGUGAUGUGUCAGGAAGGGGGGUGCGGGGCGUGUGUGGUGGCUGUCAGGGCCUCACUGCCACCUAGCAAUGAAAUGAAGAUCUUCUCUGUCAAUUCGUGUCUAGUAUCAGUGCUGUCGUGCCACGGCUGGGAGAUCAUCACAGCCGAAGGCAUCGGUAACCGCACCAUUGGCUACCACGAGAUACAGACCAGGCUCGCCAAUUUCAACGGCACACAAUGCGGCUACUGCACCCCAGGGUGGAUAAUGAAUAUGUACAGUGUUUACGAAUCAAAAAACAAAAAACUAACGAUGGAAGAAAUAGAAAAUUCCUUUGCCAGCAACAUUUGUCGAUGCACUGGAUACAGACCUAUUGCCGAUGCCUUCAAAACUUUUGCUACAGAUUUAGAUGAACGUCUGCGAUGCAAAAUGCUUGACCUAGAGGACCUAUCUAUACUUAAACCGUGUGGAGUUAAAUGCAAAGAUAAAUGCGCUCAUAAAAAAGAUAAAACUGAUAAUAUGAGUCUCACUGAAACUGCUGAAGAAGAAUGGUGUGUUUUAGAAAAAGGAAAUAACAAAAUGAUCGUAAUAGAUUGCGGAUCCCAUAAAUGGACGAAGGCUUACAGUUUAGAGCACGUAUUUCAAGCAAUUAGUGAUAAUAAUGAUUACAAAUUAAUUGCAGGAAACACUGGACAAGGAGUAUACCACGUAACAGAGUACCCACACAACGUGAUAGAUAUAUUCAAUGUAGCAGAGAUCAAAGGCUACAUCCUGGACGAGAACCUCGUCCUCGGCGCCGGAAUGGCGCUGAACGAGAUGAUGGAGGUGUUCCUCAAGUUGUCAGCAGAAAAUGAAGACUUCACGUAUUUGAAACAGUUUUACGACCACAUGGAUCUGGUAGCACAUAUACCAGUGAGGAAUAUAGGCACCAUUGGAGGGAACCUGUUCAUGAAAUACACCAACAAUGAUUUUCAAUCUGAUGUAUUUCUGCUGUUUGAAACUGUUGGAGCUGCUAUCAGAAUCGCUGAAAGCGCCGAGCAGUCGCGAACAAUGUCUUUGCUGGAGUUUCUUCGUUUCAAUAUGACAAGGAAACUCAUAACUCAUAUAUUAUUGCCGCCGCUAUCGCACUGCUGUUCAGUUAAAACAUAUAAGAUAAUGCCUCGAUCACAAAACGCUCACGCGGUGGUCAACGCAGGUUUCAUGUUUAGAUUCCGACACAAUUCGAACUUGUUAGAAAAAGUGUCAAUAGUGUACGGUAGUAUCUCUCCGAAAUUCGUCCACGCAGUCAAAACUGAAGCUGCUUUAGUUAGUAAAGACCCAUACACUGAAGAAAAUUUACAAUUAGCCUUGAAAACAUUAAAAAAAGAAAUUAAUCCUGAAGAUGCUCCGCCUGAACCAUCAGUCAGCUUUAGAAAGAAAUUGGCUUUGGCUCUUUAUUACAAGGCAAUUCUAAGUUUCUGUCCGGAUGAUAGGUUGAAUUCUAAAUUUCGGUCGGGAGGGGAUGUUAUCAAACGAAUGACGUCUAGUGGAACUCAGGUUUACGAUACUGAUAAAUCAAUAUGGCCAUUGAACCAACCAGUGCCCAAACUAGAGGCCUUGGCCCAGUGCAGCGGAGAAGCAGUGUUCGCCAAUGACUUGCCGACGCAGACUGAUGAAGUGUUCGCUGCUUUUGUCACUGCUGAUGUUAAUGCUGGAAGUAAGAUCAGUGGGUUUGACCCAGGGGAAGCUUUAAAAAUGCCUGGUGUAUUGGCCUUUUUUACAGCAAAAGAUAUACCUGGCAUUAAUUCAUUUGUGAUGCUAAGUCCUCCGAUAGUAGUUGAGCAUGAAGAGAUUUUUUGUUCAGGAGAAGUAAAAUAUUACGGUCAACCAGUUGGUGUUGUAGUUGCUGAUAGAGAUAAAACUGCCAACAAAGCUGCAUUACUUGUUAAGAUAGAAUAUUCUUCUAUAAACAAAAAGAAACCUUUAGUUCGUAUUAAAGAUGUUCUAAAAUCACCUGAAAGAAACAAAAGAGUUCAGAUUGAUCAAAAAGUAGAACCCAGUGAUAAAGGCAAUGAUGUGAAUUGCAUUUUGUAUGGAGAAUAUAAAGUAGGAUCUCAAUAUCACUACACAAUGGAAACUCAAACAUGUGUAGUGCAGCAGACUGAGGAUGGGUUGGAAGUAUUCGCUUCUACUCAAUGGUUGGACUUAACGAAUGUGGCGGUCGCUCAGUGUUUGAAUGUUGGUGUUAACAGCGUCAAUGUAGUCGUACGAAGAGUCGGUGGAGGUUAUGGCGGUAAAAUAUCAAGAGGUAAUCAAGUAGCAUGCGCAGCAGCUUUGGUGACCCAUCUUUUGGGGAAGACCUGUAGGUUCGUGCUACCUCUGGAGUCCAAUGUUAAAGUAAUAGGCAAGAGAAUACCAACUAACUGUCAGUUUGAAGUUGGAGUUAACAAAGAAGGGGAAAUUCAAUACCUAAAGAACUCAUUCUACCAAGACAACGGCUGCUCCAAGAAUGAAACUAUCACUAGGAUCACGGUCCAUCAUUUUUAUAACUGUUACGACUCCAGUCGAUGGUACAUUGAAGCUAACAGUGUAGCCACAGACACGCCAUCUAACACUUGGUGCAGAGCUCCCGCUUCAACAGAAGGUAUAGCAAUGAUCGAAUAUAUAAUGGAUAGAAUUGCUUACAACUUGAGAAAAGAUCCUCUGGAAGUAAGACUAUUGAAUAUGUCUAAGAAAGAUAAUCCAAUACCAGAUUUAAUUGAUCAAUUAAAGAAAGAUGCAAAUUAUGACCAAAGACUGAAAGAAGUUAACGCUUUUAAUAUUGACAAUAGAUGGAGAAAAAGAUCUAUAAAAUUAGUACCCAUGACUUAUGAGCUAUUUUAUAUUGGUCCUUAUACCACUUUAGUAUCGAUAUUUCACGCAGAUGGAUCGGUUAUUGUUACUCACGGUGGUAUAGAAAUGGGUCAAGGGAUUAAUACAAAAGUAGCUCAAGUUACAGCGUAUAAACUGGGAAUUCCUUUAGAGAAAGUGAGUGUGAAGCCAAGUUCUAGUUUUACGUGUCCAAACUCCAUGGCAACAGGAGCUAGCGUUGGAAGCGAAUGUAUUUGUUAUGCUACUAUGAAAGCCUGUGAGGAAAUAUUACAGAGGUUGGAGCCAAUCAGAUCUAAAUUGAAAAAUCCUUCGUGGGAACAACUAAUAACUGAGGCAUACAAUUCUGGAGUGAAUCUACAAACAUCUCAUAUUUAUUCUACGCAUGAUGAUGUAAAACCCUAUGAUAUUUAUGGAGUAAUCAUAAUGGAAGUCGAGCUUGACAUUUUGACUGGCAACCAUGAUGUUAGGAGAGUUGAUCUGCUAGAAGAUACUGGGCGAAGUCUAAGUCCACAAAUAGACGUUGCACAGAUAGAAGGUGCAUUCAUCAUGGGGCUAGGUUAUUGGACAUCGGAGAACCUUACAACAGAUCUGAACACGGGCAGGAUUUUGACGGAUCGCACUUGGACAUACAAGCCUCCUGGCAUUAAGGACAUCCCUGCUGACUUCAGGGUCUACUUCAGAAGGAACUACGGGAACCCAUAUGGUGUAUUGCAGUCGAAAGCCACAGGAGAGCCUUCGUUUUGCUUGGCGGUGGUGAUAACCCACGCGUUGAGAGAGGCGGUCCGGCUGGCUCGUCUGGACGCGGGUUACCAAGACCAAUGGGUUGAGAUCCACAAUCCGUGCACGGUGGAAAACAUCUUCAUGGCUAUUGGACAUAAAAUAGAACAUUUUACCCUUCGUGUUAAUUCAGAUAUUUUCCAGAAAGUAGUUAGUAUCAGUAGUCACAAAUGGCUUGACAAUUUUAGCCUGCGUGUGUGCCGCCCGCCCUCGGCUUCAAGCGAUGCAACUCCCCGCCCAAGUCCACCGCUGGCCGCCCACGGGAGCGGUCACUGCAAGUCUAGUCGUCUUUACAACACCAAAAUGCAACUGCCGAAACAUCUGAAGGUAGCGGCGGGGUCGGGCGGCGCGGCCAUAUUCGGCAUCCUGUUUGGAUGGGUUAUAUUCCCGGUUGUGCUGAAGAGUCAACUAAAAAAGGAGAUGGCCCUGUCGAAGAAGACUGAUGUUCGUCAGAUGUGGGAGAAGAUCCCGUUUGCCCUGCACUUCAAGGUGUACCUGUUCAAUUAUACCAACGCUGAGGAGGUCCACAAUGGCGCCGUGCCCAUCGUCAAGGAAGUCGGGCCCUAUUACUUCGAAGAAUGGAAAGAGAAAGUGGAGAUUGAAGACCACGAGGAGGACGACACGAUCACGUAUAAAAAGCUGGACGUAUUCUACUUCAGACCGGACCUGUCUGGACCAGGCCUUACGGGGGAGGAGAUCAUUGUCAUGCCGCACAUCUUCAUGCUCGCCGUAGCAACAAUAGUGACCCGCGACAAACCAGCCAUGUUGAACAUGAUCGGGAAGGCCUUCAACGGCGUCUUCGACGAGCCCAAGGAUAUGUUCCUCCGGGUCAAAGCCCUGGACAUCAUGUUCAGAGGGAUCAUCAUCAACUGCGCCAGGACUGAGUUUGCUCCAAAGGCUUUCUGUACCGCUCUGAAGAAGGAACAGGUCAACGGGCUCACGUUCGAGCCGAAUAAUCAGUAUCGUUUCUCAUUGUUUGCUGCGCGGAACGCAACAGUAGACCCGCACGUGGUGACAGUGAAGCGCGGCAUCAAGAACGUGAUGGACGUUGGCCAGGUUGUGGCGAUUGACGGCAAGCCCCAGCUAGACAUCUGGAAAGACACCUGCAACGAAUACCAGGGCACAGACGGAACGGUGUUCCCGCCCUUCCUGACAGAGAAUGAUAGAUUGCAGUCGUAUUCUAGAGACUUGUGCAGAUCGUUCAAGCCCUGGUACCAAAAGAAGACCUCCUACCAAGGAAUCAAGACGAACCACUACGUCGCCAACAUAGGCGACUUCGCUCACGAUCCAGAGCUCCAAUGUUUCUGCGACACCCCUGACACUUGCCCUGCAAAAGGUCUCAUGGAUCUGAUGAAGUGCAUGGGGGCCCCGAUGUACGCUUCCAUGCCGCACUACUUGGACAGUGAUCCCGAGCUGCUGAAGAAUGUAAAAGGAUUGAAUCCUGACCCCAAUGAACAUUCUAUUGAGAUUGAUUUCGAACCGAUCUCGGGCACCCCGAUGGUGGCGAAGCAGCGAGUGCAGUUCAACAUGCAGCUGCUGCAGAACGACAAGUUGGAACUGUGCAAGACUCUGCCGGGGACUAUCGCACCGCUGUUCUGGGUUGACGAGGGUCUAGCCCUCAACAAGACCUUCGUGAAAAUGUUGAAACACCAGCUGUUCCUGCCGAAGCGAGCAGUGGGGGUGCUGCGUUGGCUGCUGCUGGCGUUCGGCAGCCUGGGCGCGCUGGGCAGCCUCAUCUUCCACUUCAAAGAGCCGAUAAUGCAGUUCGCAGUGUCGUCGGGAUCAGCCAAGGUCACGAAGGUGAACCCUGAAGAUGGGAAGGAGAUCAGCGUCAUCGGCGAGCCUCAGGACCCCCCUAAAAUCGACAUGUAAUCAACGACACGGCGGCUUCUGUAUCUUUACAUUAUUUGGAGCCGCCCGUAUGGAGUUUCUUAUCAUGCUUUGACAAAAAUUUCAACAGCUAUGUUCAGGUUUCUCGUGCGACGUGUUAGGAAAUAAAACGUGUCCCUUUACUAGUGUGUAUUUUUUGGUUAAUUUAAUUUUUAAGUAAGGAAAUCGGUACCUUUUUGUCAUUUUUCACAUAGCUAUCGAAAUAUAUGCCUGGAGCAAUGCGGUGUUUAUUCCUUUAAGAUAACGAAGUAUUUGCUUUUUCUAGUGUCUAAUAAAAUUCGAUAUUAGAUCUAUGAGUACUGGCAAAUGUAAUGUUAUAAAAUAAUCGAAAUGGAAAUAAUGGAAAUUUUAAUAAUGCUUGUGAAUAC